AUGGUGGAAGUGACAAUCAAUGGGACUCUGCCUGAGUUCAUAGAAUUUUUGGAUGAAGAGGGGAACAGGAUCAAACAGGCUGUUCAGUUUGAAUGGAAACCAGUUGAAUGUCUUAUGUGUAAGGGUAUGGGGCAUGUGGAACAGGAUUGUCCUAAUCACUAUGUUAAGAACCAUAUGCAUAAAUCUGUACAAGAGCCUGUGAGGAAACCAGUGCAACAUACUGUACAGAAAUCUGUGCAACGACAGGAUAAACAGCAGAAGACUAAUAAUGCUGUGAAAAUGUAUAAUAGAUUUGAGGGAUUGCAGGAUGUAGAUCGAGAAGAGGUUAGUGUUGUGCCUAAAUUGUUGAAGAGACAACACCUGGUUAAUAAGAAAAGGCCUGUUGAGAGGGAUGGGAAGGUAGUAGUUGGAGGAUGGGAGAGGGGUUUAUUUGGCCUCAUUGAGACAAAAGUUAAGGCUAAGAGUUUUGGGAAGGUUUUUGCUAACGUUAGUAGUAAUUGGUCUGUUAUUACUAAUUACAGUAAGGUUGAUGGAGUGUAUUAUGGUGUAUGGGUGAAUGUGGCUGUAGGUAGAGAGAGUCUUUGGAAGCAGAUAUCUGAGGUUAGCCUCUCAGUGACUGGUGCUUGGGUAAUUUGUGGUGACUUCAAUAACAUUUUGAAUCUGGAAGACAGGUUGGGAUCUCCAUGUUGCUUGAAUGAGGUAGAGAAGUUUAGAGAAUGUUUGAGGCAGUGUGAUUUGAUGGAUUUUAAGACAGGAGGCUCAGUUUUUACUUACACAAAUAAACAGCAGGGCACUAAUAGGGGCUUAUGGAUCACUGUCCAUGUGUGGGCUCCUUAUUUGGGGAUGCAAAUGUGGAAAAGAGGCCUUUUAGUGAAGAAACUUAAGGCUGUUAAAGGUUGUCUUAAAAAUGUGAACAUGGCUCAUUUUUCAAAUGUUGAGACAGCUGAUGCAGUGGCUACUAUGAAGUUACAGAAAUGUCAGGAGAGGCUUUUUCUUGAUCCAGAGAAUGAGGAGCUUAUUCAAGCUGAGAUUAUGAAGGCUAAGCUUCAUUGGCUUAAUGAUGGGGAUGUUAAUUCUACUUACUUUCAUGCCUGUUUGAGAAAUAGAAAGGCUACUAACAGGAUCUCUAGUAUCUCUCUAGCUUCUGGAGAGAUCACUCAAGACCCUUCUUUGAUAGCUUCUUCCUUUCAUGACUUCUACAUUGAUUUGCUCGGCACUUACACUAUUCCUCAGAAGAAGCUUCACCCUGCUGUCAUAUUAGAGGGGCCUGUGCUGAAUUCAGGUCAGAAAUUAGCUCUGUGCAGGACCUUUAGGGAGGAGGAUAUUAAGAGUGCUCUCAGGAGUAUAGAUGAGGACAAAGCUCCAGGUCUAGAUGGGUUCUUAAGUAGAUUCAAUAAGACAUCCUGGAAUACUGUGAAAUCAGUGAUAUGUAAGGUUGUUCUUGGCUUUUUUGAACAUGGUAAAUUACUUAAACAGGUGUGUACCACUACUCUUACUCUGAUUCCAAAAACAGGAAGUGCAAGUCAAAUUUCUCAUUUUAGACCUAUUGCUUGCUGUAAUGUGGUGUACAAGAUCAUUUCUAAAAUGAUUUGUUCUAGAUUGAAAGAGGUUCUUCCUGCUAUAAUUGAUGAAUGUCAAGGGGCAUUUGUGGCUGGUAGAUCAAUUAUGGAUAAUAUUCUAAUUUGUCAAGACAUGUUAAAGGACUAUAAUAAUAAAAGGAAAUCUCCUAGAUGCACUAUUAAGGUAGAUUUGAGGAAAGCAUAUGAUUUUGUCCAUUGGGAUUUUAUAAGGGAUAUGCUUGUUUCUCUGGGGUUCCCUGACCAGUUUGUUCACUGGAUUAUGGUGUGUGUCUCUUCUCCUACCUAUUCUUUGCUUUUAAAUGGGGGCAUGCAUGGCUUUUUUCGUGGAAAAAGGGGAGUGAGGCAGGGGGAUCCUAUGUCCUCAUUGCUUUUUGUUAUAGUCAUGGAAUACCUCGCAAGAUUGCUUAAGAAGGUGAGCAAGCUCAGAAGCUUCAUGUUUCACUAUGGAUGCAAAGGUCUUCAUCUCAACCAUAUGAUAUUUGCUGAUGAUUUAAUGUUGUUUGCUUAUGGAGAUAGGAAGUCAGUGGAUUAUUUGAUUAGAGCUUUGACCAUGUUUGAGAAGGUUUCAGGUUUAAAGGCUAAUUCUGAGAAAACUGCAAUUUAUUUUGGUAAUGUAAAUGAAGGGAUCAAGCAAAGUAUUCUGGACCUCACUGGGUUUGUUGAAGGUUCAGCUCCUUUUAGAUACCUUGGAAUUCCUUUGAACGCAAAAUAUUUGAGGGUCUCUGAUUUUGAUGUACUUAUUGAUAAGAUGUUGCAGAAACUUAUGUGUUGGUCUAGAAGGAACUUCUCUUAUUAUGCAAGGGCUCAAUGUGUGCUGUUUCCCAAGGCUGUUAUUCAGAGAAUUAAUCAACUGUGUAGGGCUUUUUUAUGGAGUGGGUCUGCUGUUCUGUCUAAAGCCCCUUCCCUGGCUUGGACUUGGGUUUGCAAGACUAAGAAGUUUGGUGGCUUAGGGAUGAGAGACUGUGAAAGAUGGAAUAAGGCUGCUCUUGGUAAAUAUGUGUGGCAAAUUGCUAAGGAAAAGGACUCACUAUGGGUAAAGUGGGCUCAUGAUGUAUACAUUAAGUCUCAGGAUUGGUGGUCUUAUAGCCCAAAGAAGGCUGAUGGAUGGGCUUGGAAGAAAAUUUGCAAAAUCAAGGAAGAGCUCAAGAUGGGUUUCAUGAGUGAAAACUGGACUGAACUGAAAUAUUCUAUUGCUGCUGUGUACAAUUGGUCUCAGGGUACUGAUGAGAAGGUGAAUUGGACUGAUUGGAUUUGGAGUAGAUAUAAUAUUCCUAAAACAGCUUUCAUAACUUGGUUGGAAAUUUUGAAUAAACUCAGAACCAGAGAUAUGUUGUUCAAACAUGGAAUCUAUGAUACAGAUGUGUGCUUGUUUUGUGAUGCUGAUGUGGACUGCAGGGAGCUUCUGUCCUGCUGCUGUGUUGUUGUUUUUCCUGUUUUUGUAGUGCUGUGUGUUGCUGUGAUGUGGCUUGGAGUUGCUGUGAUCUUGUGUUGCUGA